AUGAUUGCCGCCAUCAAGCGGAAAGUUCUCGAUGGACUGAACCGCCGAUAUAUCUACGGUCGCGUGCCUCUCUUGCACACGAUCAUAUUCCUUAUCGAAAUGGCCAUAGCUGCUCGCCUUGCCGCCAAAUUCAAUACCUAUUAUGCUGAUAAGCCAGUGCUUACCACCAUGGCCACCAACGCGGUGCUUGGUGGGGUCGCGGACACAGUUGCGCAGUUAAUCACGGCAUUCAACACUCAUUCGCAACAACGAUCGUCAGAAGAUAGCGAAUUUAUCUCUAUAGAGAUUCCAGACCUGGAUAAGAGGAAACCGUCGAGUGCUGGGGAGCUAGGCUAUAUGAUAGGUUCGCCGCCACCAUUCGACUUUGAGCGACUCACUCGGUUCAUGGCGUAUGGUUUCUUCAUGGCCCCUGUGCAAUUCCAGUGGUUUGGUUUCUUAUCCAGGGCAUUCCCUCUCACCAAGGCAAAUCCGACUGUGCCAGCCUUGAAGCGGGUUGCUUUUGAUCAAUUUAUUUUCGCGCCGUUUGGUUUGGCUUGUUUCUUCACCUACAUGACGAUUGCUGAAGGUGGAGGAAAGAGAGCUUUAACACAAAAAUUCCGAGAUGUUUACCUGCCAACUCUCAAAGCCAACUUUGUGCUCUGGCCGGCUGUGCAGAUAAUCAAUUUCCGGGUUAUUCCCAUUCAAUUCCAGAUUCCAUUUGUCUCAUCUAUUGGUAUUGCGUGGACCGCAUACCUCUCACUCACCAACUCCUCUGAGGAGUCUUAA